AGCUUUGGGUUCGGUGAAGAGAAUGGCUCCUCGCCCACCUUUUAAGCAAUCUGCGAUAACUCCCUUGCCUCUUCCUUUAACUCUCACCCAGUUUUCUUCCCAAAAAAACAUGUUCGAUCCCAGCAAAGAACACCCCGAAUCUUUUGUCACUUUGUCGGAUCACUUAAGAUUUAGUAGUAGUUAUGGCUAUGCCAAGAACAACGAUUCUAAAGCCACAAAAACAGCUCAGAAACAUGCAAAUUACAGCAGCUGGAACGAUGAAUCUGGGAUUUCCAGUCCUCCUCUAUGGAAGACUAGUCCUCAACAUGAAAAGAUCACCGAUUACCACUGCCUUUCGCCGUCUUCGAGAGCUCAGGCCAUCGCCAGAGGCCAGCGGGAGCUUAUGGAAAUGGUUAGUAAAAUGCCCGAGUCUUGUUAUGAACUCACGUUGAAAGAUCUCGUUGAACAUCAACAGCAGCAGUCGGUGGUCGGUGAGCCGAAAGAGGAGAGUUUCGCCGGAGGAAGAAGUUCGAGUUACAAGAGCGAGAGGCAGAACAGUCAGAAGCAGCAGAUUAAUAGGAGCGGGAGCUUGGAUAACGGAGGGUUUCUUCUGAAAAUGGUGUUUCCAGUUUCCUUGGGGUCUAAGAAAAAGAACAUCGACAAGAAGAAGAAUGAUUGUAACACAAGUAACAAUUCCAAAGUUUCUCCAAAGCCAACUGUAGCAGAUGCAUCUAGUAACACAUCAGAAAAAGAUUGGUGGAAGAAGAGAUCGGAGUCCAGCGAGAGCGACGGCGGUGGAUCGACUAUAAACAGCGGAGGCACCAAGAGCAACCGUGGCAGCAGCAGUAGCAGCGGCGGCAGUGGCAGAAGCAACAGCUGCCGGAGCAUCAGCAGUACUACCAGCCACAGGUAUAGAAGGAAAGGGUGCUUGGCUUUCAUCUUCUCCAGGACACCCAAAACAUCGCGGUAAAAGAGAUCAGCCCAUCUUUAAACAUGGCGUUUCAACGAUUAAACAUUAUUAAAUAAUGUUAAGUGUUUAGUUUUAAGUACAUACAGGGGAUUGCCGCAGCAGAGAGAAAUGCAGCUGUCUGUAUAAUAUUCAGAGUGUAGUUUUUUAAUUUUCUUUCUUCGCUUGAGAUUGAAGAUGAGUCGUGAUUUUGCUUCCCAAGAUGCUGCCUUUUCUGCUUCAAGUUUGUUUGAAAUGAGAGCAACAAAAUGAUUGCAGUGGAAUUUUCUUACCACAUCCAUGUCUAACACGUAGCUGUUUAGAGGAUA